AGCUAUGUCAUAAGUAUAGUUUUUGUGUCAUGUCGUUGAAAUAUAUUUCAUUUUGGUUCUAAAACCAUUCACUCCGUACCAUAGACGUCACACCCGGUGUUCAGAGGUAUAGCAAGGUUGAAGGUACUGUACCACAUCGCCACAUAAUGAGUUGCAAGGAAGAGUCCAUUGAGAUCCGUGCCAAGGGACGUGGCCAGGAGGCUAUUGUCUCUCUGCGCCAGAACGAAUUGAUCCAGAACCUGCGCGCUCUGGUGGCCGUGCGUUUCGAACUGGCCAUCUCCCAGAUCGUGCUGGUCUUCGCCGGCGAGGUGUUGCGUGACGUGGGCACCAUCGCCAGUCGAGGCAUCAUCUCGGGGGUUACGGUGCACGUGGUGUGCCGCCCGGAGUUGCCGGUCCAGGUCGCUCCGGUGUCCACCUCGAUCCAGCUUAAGCCGCAGUCGGACCCUUUGCGAUCGAGGGCCGCUGCUGCACUUGCACGAAUGAUCGGCCAUCCUAGGCUGCUGCGAAACCUGUUCCAAUCAGACCCUCGCAUCCGUUGCCUGAUCGAGAGGGACGCUAUGCUGCGCCACUUCCUGAACAGCGACAAGAACCUGCGUGAGGUGAUCUCGCAAGUCUUCGGUCCGGCCAGGCAAGAAAUGGAACGACGUCGAGAUCUUCACCACUUGCGCCUGGAGCUGGUGCCUGGCGGGUACAAGCUACUGGGCCGACUGAGUUACCUCAUACGUCAGGCCUACGAGAAUAAUGUGGCCAAGACCUUCCAGAAAGCCCGGCCCGACUCCGGCGAUGGCACGAAUCCGCAGCGCGGAAUGGAGAACAAGGAGCCGCUGCCGAAUCCCUGGCUCAUCAAGCGUUCGCCAAGCUCAUGGAACUACAUGAACGCAAAAAUGCGGGCAAGAUGUAACCGCAUGAUUGGAGCAAUUCGGGCGCAUCGUCUUUUAGAGGAACAGGAGUUCGAUGAGGAGCAGGAGAACACUUCGAACUCAUCCUCAUCGCCAUCACCAUCGCCAUCUGAAGGCCAGAAGGAGGCCACAACACCGCCGCCCACUCUGCCAAAGAGAAAAGCGUGCGAUGUCUAUCAGGAUCAGCUGGAGGAGCUGGUCCAGAAGGGCUACACAGAUCGUCACCGCAACCUGUACGCCCUCCGGAUCUCCCUGGGCAACGUGGACAGCGCCGUCCGGUUGCUUGACCACUGGAAUCGUUCGGGGGAGUAACCAGUUGUGUUCCGACCACCAUUUAUUUCGUUGUGUUUUUGGCGAACAGACAGACAGUUUGACUGCAUCAUUGUACCCCAACCGAAGAUCCAUUCAAUCCACUCAAUAUAUACAAUUAAAGAUCGGAAGAAUUAUAAAUUUACGUUGUUAUUAUAA